UUGCUCAACAGAAAAUCGCCGCUACAUUUUCUUGUUUGAUUAGUAGCUUUUAGUUUUGAGCUCGAGAGGGUGUUAAUGAUACGUAUACAUGCGAAUAUUAACGUUUUGUCAUUUUGUUAUCUCAAUUAAGAAAUGUUGCUUGUAAUGCUUAUAAACUGGACUCCACUCGUCAAGACAUUUAGCAGCUAGCUUGGGCUAGCUGUCCGUACUGUGUGUUAGUUACUCCAACUUUGUUUCAUUGCAGCCGCAUUAGUUUGCCACUACGCCACACUCCAGUGAAACAGUAGUUUUAAUUACACCUCGGGACCACUAAGAACUUCAAAGAAUGCUGGCGACGGGAGCAGCUGUGACUAAUGUCACAGCCCUGGCCCAGGUGGACCGGGAAAAGAUCUACCAAUGGAUCAAUGAAUUGUCCAGUCCAGAAACCAGAGAAAACGCCUUGCUGGAAUUAAGCAAGAAACGGGAAUCGGUACCAGACCUUGCUCCAAUGCUCUGGCACUCUUGUGGCACCAUUGCAGCUCUGUUGCAGGAGAUAGUGAACAUCUAUCCAUCUAUAAAUCCACCCACACUUACAGCUCACCAGUCUAACAGAGUGUGCAACGCCUUGGCACUUCUGCAGUGUGUCGCCUCACACCCUGAGACACGAUCGGCUUUUCUGGCUGCUCACAUCCCUCUUUUCCUUUACCCUUUUCUGCACACCGUGAGCAAAACACGGCCAUUUGAGUACCUGCGACUCACCAGCCUUGGAGUCAUAGGUGCCUUGGUCAAAACAGAUGAACAAGAAGUGAUUAACUUCCUCCUCACCACUGAAAUCAUCCCACUGUGUCUCCGUAUCAUGGAAUCAGGAAGUGAACUCUCCAAGACGGUUGCUACUUUCAUACUGCAGAAGAUUCUGCUGGAUGACACAGGGCUGGCCUACAUAUGUCAGACGUAUGAACGUUUCUCCCAUGUGGCCAUGAUCCUUGGCAAAAUGGUGUUGCAGCUCUCCAAAGAACCAUCUGCACGUCUGCUGAAGCAUGUUGUUCGCUGCUACCUUCGUCUCUCAGAUAAUCUCAGAGCCAGAGAAGCCCUGCGUCAGUGUUUGCCAGACCAGCUGAAAGACAGCACCUUUGCCCAGGUGCUGAAGGACGACACCACCACCAAGCGCUGGCUCGCACAGCUGGUCAAGAACCUGCAGGAGGGCCAGGUCACCGAUGCUAGAGGCAUCCCACUGGCUCCACAGUGAUGGGGACAACGUAUGCGCUGACAGUGGACACAGGAGGAACCUGUCAUCACUGUCUAGAUUUUGUAUUUUGCAAAAUGUGGUGCUAAGACUGUCUGCAAAGUAAAGGGACUUAAUAAGAGAGGAAGAUAUUUUGCUCUUGGAUGGAUUCAUAUCCACAGAUCUGUCUGUCAGUUCACCACGUCCACACAUGAGGCAUCUUUCACAACUGAAAUCUUUUUGUUUUUGUUUUUUUUGUCUGACAGAUGGUGGAUUUUCAAAGCCAAAACUGAUGCCAGAAGUUGAAGAUAAUGAAAUUUAUAUUGGCAGAUAUUUGUUUUUGACAUAAAACAAUUAUCCCUCAGAAUAGGUUGAUUAAAAAGUUGGGAGAAAGAUACAGUAUGUCUGGUUGGCUAUUUUAAAGUGAAAUAAAAAUUCACUAUUAAAACAAUAACAGUAAUUUUUGAACAGAAAACAUGACUGAAAAUAAUAAAUAUCUCCAAGUAACAACAGAAAAAUACAUUUAAUUUGAAAUAAGAAAAAUGGCUUUAAAAAGAACUUUGCAGCCUCUAAAAUAUUUAUUGCUGCAGUUAACAGCACUGUAAUUACCCGGAUGUCAACACAGGUCAAUAGUAAUGGCUUUAUUGGUGAUAAGCCAGUAUCAUUGGUAACAUCAGCCCAACUUUGAAUCUACUGUUUUCACUAUAACUCGAUGUAAUAUUCCUAUUCAAAGUAGGAACUCUUCUUUUUUUUUUUUUUUUUUGCUUCUUUCAUUUCAAAUAAGACUUUUUAAUCUUCUACAUCACUGGUUGUUUCUCUUUUUUUGUGAAGCCUCUGUGGACUUAUAUUACAUGCAGAAGUUUAGUAAUACAGCAGAUUUGUUUCUGUAUAGUUUUAUGUUUUUGCUGGUAUUGUAUUUGGUGGCCCAGUAAUAUAGUCUAGAGUGAAAUCACAGAAGCUGGUUAAGAUAUUUCAUAAAUAAAAUGUUUUCCACCCAGUUUAGGGUAUUAAUAGACAGACUGCUUUCAGUCUUAUUCACUGGAAAGACAGAAUGACAUUGAUUUUGAAAGACCUUAAUAAACUUUAUUUCUACCGCACCUUC